UCCAAGUCCUAUUUAUAAUUUUGAAAACGUUUGGGGCCAUUUCAUAUUAUUGGAAAAAAAUAAUCGGGCUAGAUUAGAGACGGAAAAAAUUCCGUCUCUAAUUGACUGCCACCUUAGUCUCUAUCUCUCUGACGGUCCGCUUAUCAUCGUCACCCUUUCCGCCCGGUUGUUCGGUGUGCUCGGUGCCGCCGUCGAUUUACAAACACAAACUGGGCUGAGCCGCCGACCAUUCACAAACUCGAAUCGACGGUUCCGUGCCCGGUGCCGCUGUUUCCGUGCAACACGAAUCGAUUCACAACUUCGAUUGCUCGGUGCCGCCUUUUCCGUGCAACACGAAUCGUCGAUUCAGCUUAAAGGGAAAAAGAUGGAGGCGAGGCCACUUCAGGUAACUCCUCUGCCACCAACUCCACUGCUUGCUUCCCAAAUCCUGUCAAGAAAUUCAAUAAAUCUAAGCUUCCCUCCUCGCAGGGCUAGGUCUCCACGAACUUCAGUUCUGCGUAGGACCAAGAAGAUAGAAGAGCGAGACUUGUAUGGGCUCCCAAAAGAGUACUACGACGAUGAAUGGCAAGCCCAACAGCGGGAAAACAAGGAAUUGCAUCGAAAGCGUCAAGAGGAAGAUGAAGAGGAGGAGAGAAAGGUUGAUGAAUAUCGUGAAAUAGUCAUGAGGUUGAAAGACUAUCCUCAAGAGGAAGUUCAAAAAGCAAGGCAGCUGGUUUCAAGCUUUAUUAGAUCUGCUGAAGAAGUGGAAGAGAAAAUUGAAGAAGCUGCUGAUAGGGGUGAGCUUACUGCACUUGUUCUGAUGGUCAUAUGGACUCGCCUUGAUCUUGCUCGACGUGAUGAUGAGAAGGAUGCUGUUAGAAGUCUCGAUCUCUUAUACAGGCGGGUUGAGACUGAGAUUUUGAAACGGGAAGCUACUCCUGCUCUGAGACUUCUCAACGAUCUUUUGAAUUUGCCCGAUGGAUCUGACGGUGAAGGGUGGCUGAAGGAAUGCAAAAAACGAAUGAUUGACACCUUUCCGCGGGAGGAUCCAUUCAGUAUUCUUGUCCCUGAAGGAUUUGACAUUGAUAAGCAUGAAGGCCCACUUAGACCACCGCUGGAGGAUGAUAAUGUUCUUUUGAGGGUAGAUUUUGUCAGGGAGGUUGACGCAUUGCUGCGAGAAGUUCGUUUUGAAGAAAGCGAGGAACAAGAUGCACGAGCUCUUGAUCCUGAAUCUGUUGCUGGUAUGCUGAAGCAACAGGAAAGGCAGCGAACUAUUCGCCUAGUAGAGGUUCUCUUGGAUCUAGCUGUUAACUUGAAAUGGUAGUUGUACUCUUCUUUUGAACCCCAUUUCUGGGAUAUUCUUAUGUAGAGAACAACCUAAUUUUAUGUUGUAAUGUGUUGACGAUUGAAAAUGCAUGGAAGUAUCAUAAUUACACAUCCUAAUUUUAUGUUGUAA